GCGGCGCCGCCCCCGCCGCUAAAGGCCGCCCAGGUGGGACUCGCGCCCGGGGUCGCCCGCCGUCUGAGCCCAAGUCCCUUUGGCGGCGCUUGCGGAGGCUGCCCACCCGACUUUCCCCGACGGGCCCCGACGGGUCCCGGUGCGCUGCCCAGACCUGACCAGUCCCGGCACGAAUCCCCCCCCCGCCCCGGCCCCACCAUGUUCCAGCGCCACCACCGCAGCCGAGUGACGGUGGCGCGGGGCUCAGCCUUGGAGAUGGAGAUCCGACGGGGCCGGUUCCGCCUUAGCCUCGUCGGGGACACGGACCAGGUAGGCGCGCGGGGGGGGGGAGCGGACGGCCACGCGGGUGGCGUGGGAAAGUCCCGGGCGGAGGCGAGGCUGCGCGUGGCCGUGGCGGGUGGGCGGGGGCGAGGUCUUCGGGACGCGCUCCCGUCGAGGCUCUCCUGGCGCGGAAGGGGCGCCACGCCGGAUCAGCUGAGAAAUGGAUUCGUAUCCAGACUGGGGAGGGAAGCUGCAUUCCUGCAUGGCGGGGGGCUGGACUAGAUGGCCCUCGGGGUGCCCUUUCGACGGGGAGGGGCAGGAGGCGAGAGUGGGACCCACCACCACCACCGUGGGAUAUUUUUUCCACACUCCGUUUAUAGCCCACUUUUUUUCCCUCCAAGGAGCGCAAAGUGACUUUCUCGCGUCCCCCCCCCACCUGCCCUCGAUUAAUUCUGACGCCAACCCUGCGAGGGAGGCUCUAGGUUAGGCUGAGAGGGGCUGGCCCCCCAGGUGAGCUUCGUGGCUGAGCGGACGGAUUUGAAACCUGGUCUCCCAGGAACCUAGUCGCCAUUUUAAAUAAAUCAAUACAUUUAUUAGUCACAUGUAAUAACAAUAAUAAUAAUUAAUAAAUACUUUUAUUUAUACCCCAGCCAAGACCGGGCUCAGGGCAGCUAACACCAAAUAUAAAAAAAUUGAUUGAAAUACAGCUUAGAAAACAAGAUUGAAAUACAACAUUAAAAUGCAACCUCAUUUCAGUGGAAACUGAACAGUAAUAAGCAUAAUUUAAGAUUCAGUAAACACCAACAAUAUCAUCUAGUCUGUCAUGUGUUGGAAAAGCCGCCCUGUGAUCUUCAAAUGAAGGGCGGAAUGUAAAUAUUAAUAAUAAUAUAAUAAUAAUAAUGGAGUAACAGCAGCUUAAAGUUAGAACCACUCCUGAGAACCAGUUUAUAAAGCGGAUUCAAAUCCAGUAGGGGUCUCCCGGUGCCUGGUCCUCAUUUAACGCCCACAAGGACCCUGUGAGGCCAAGAGGCAGUGACUGGCACAAGGUCACCCAGAGAGCUUCAUGGCGGAGUUGGGGGUAGGAUUUGAACCCGGGUCUCCCAGGUCCUUGUCCAACACUCUAACCCCUCGGCCACAAUGGCUUUCUUGGUGACGGUGGAGGAUGGUUAUGAUGGGGAGGUCCAGGGGGAGGGCUGAAUCUGAAGUGGGGGAGAGGUUUGCUCAUGUUCAGAAGGUGGCAGGGAUUUGGGGAACAUUUUGGGCGAGAGCCAGUGGGCGGCUGGGAGUAACAGGUACGAAAUAAACCUAUACUUAUUUGCACAGCGGUUUGUAUGGCCGAGUGAGUUGCACUUUUAAGCCAAGUUCCUCCUUGCAAUGGCUCUGUGAGGCUACUUCUUCCCAUUUUGCAGAGAGGGCAACUGAGGUCUGAGGUGCCAGAAGCCCUUGCCCCAUAGAGCCUCAGGCUGGGCAGGCUGAGCUGGGGGCAAAGGGCCCCCAGGAAAGGUCGCCUCACUUGCCAUGUUCCUCAUCUCCCAUACUAGGGACACCCCACUUGCAAUUCUCACAGCAAGUGGCCCCCCUCAACCCCAGCCCCUCCUGGAAUGGGAGCAACCAGAGCAAGGACAAGAACCCCCCCAAAAAAAAUUAUUUUCACAUUAUUUCACAUUAUUUUCACAAUAAUUCCUUUUUGGUGCAGUUGCUUUUUUAAGGGAUCUUCUCAGGAGCAACCCGUAUAAAUAUAGGUAUUAUUAUUAUCCUUAUUAUUUUGUGCCCCCCGUGCGAGGAACCCGCCCCCCUGCCCUAAAUCUGGGACUGAACCAGUUUUCAGUCCAAGGCCUUGGAGUCCCUGAAGGCUCUAUGUGGGGCUCCCUUUGAAGGUGAUCCGGAAACUACAACUAAUCCAGAAUGCGGCAGCUAGACUGGGGACUGGGGGCGGCCGCAGAGACCAUAUACAGUGGAACCUCGGGUUGCGAACGUGAUCCGUGCGGGAGGCACGUUCACAACCCGCAGCGUGGUGUCUGUGCACAUGCGGGUCACGAUUUGGUGCUUCUGCGCAUGCGCAAUUUAGUGUUUUUACACAGGCGCGAGUGCCGAAACCCAGAAGUACUUCUGGGUUCAGUGCAGGGCGCAACCCGAAAUCACAUAACCUGAAGUGUCUGUAACGAAAGGUACCACUGUACCACCAGUCCUGAGAGACCUACAUUGGCUCCCAGUACGUUUCCGGGCACAAAUCAAAUUGUUGCUGCUGACCUUUAAAGCUCUAAACGGUCUCAGCCCAGUAUACCUGAAGGAGCGUCUCCAUCCCCAUUGUUCAGCCCGGACACCGGGGUCCCUCUCCCAAGGGCCUUCUGGUGGUUCCCUCCCUGCGAGAAACCAAGUUACAGGGAACCAGGGAGAGGGCCUUCUCGGUGGUGGCACCCGCCCUGUGGAACGCCCUCCCGUCAGAUGUCAAGGAAAUAAACAACUAUCUGACUUUUAGAAGACAUCUGAAGGCAGCCCUGUUUAGGGAAGUUUUUAAUGUUUGAUGUUUUAUUCUGUUUUCAAUCUGUUGGGAGCCGCUCAGAGUGGCUGGGGAGGCCCGACCAGAUGGGCAGGGAAUUAAUUAAUAAAUAAAUUAUUAUUAUUAUUAUUACUACUACUACUACUAUUACUAUCAAUGUCUGGAGGAUUUUUGUCCCUCCCUGGAUCACCAAAUACCCUCCCCAGAUGACUGGGUUACUUUUGGGGGGGUCUCCAGGAGCCCCUGUGCCCCCCUGCUCUGCCUUGCCCAGGGUGUCAGGUGUGAGGAAGUUCCCCCAGCCUGUCACAGGGGCUAGAAACUUGUCCCUUGAGAGCAUUUGUCCCAGGGGGGCUGCCCCCUCCUCCAGCCCCUCCGCUGCCUUCUUCUGCUGGGGUGUGGCAAGUGUGGGGCUGGGGUUUGGGGCCUGGCCACAGGGAAAGGGUUACGGCCAGCUUCCCCACCCCCCAGCCAAGGGGAACAAAGGAUCUAUUAUCUCCCCUGCCAGGGACUUCCCUCUGCGCUUGAGGAAAGAGAUUCAGCAGCACCUGCCCUCCUCGCCCCAGGGCCAGACUUCCUGGAUCGGAGCCCAGCCUUGCCCCACAUGGGACUCCCUGCCAGGUCCUGACCUCUGGAUCUGGGGCUGUCUGUGGUGGCCACCGACCCCUGCUGGCGGCUGCCCUCCUUUCUUCUGCCAGGGCUUACUACAGAAUUAUGGAGUUGGAGAAGGGACCCCAGCGGUCAUCUAUCCCAACCCCGUGCAACACAGGAACCCGCCUCCGUCUGAGACCCCAAAGAGCCACUGCCAGUCCGUGCAGGCUGGGUGGGCUUAUUAUGACUCCGUACAAUAAGGUGCAAAGUUAAACUACGGAACUCCCUCCCACUUGAAUUUGGAUACUGCUUGUGGCUUUCUCUUUGGGGCAUGUGGUUGGCAUAGGUGCCAACUCUAAGGGGCUCUGGGUGCCAGGGCACCCACAAUUUUUUUGGGUGGUGGGUGCUCAGCACCCAUACUGCAUGGCUCCGACACAGCUUCCAGUUUUGACUCGCAUCAGAGCUCCGACUCGACCUCCCUGGCGACGUUUGAGGCCGUGCCAGGCCUCCCAACACGGCUUCUGGUCUAAACGGGGAGCUGCGAUGGAGGUCUUGCCAGGCCUUGGACCCGAGCGAGGCCUUGGAAGGGACGCUGAGCCGCAGACGGCAUAAUGCAACAUCAUGAUGUCAUGUUACGUUGCCAGCGCCAUUGGACACCCAUAACCUGGUGCCCAAGUCAGUGCCCCUGCAGGUUGGUCACUGGAGAGCAGGCGGCUGAAUUAGAUGGGCUCCCUUUUGGCCGGAUCCAGCAGCCUCUCCUUAUGUCCUUAAGAUGCUUCCCAGGCCUGGGCCCACCCAGGGCCUUUGGGUGCCAAAAAAAUUUAAAAAAUUAAUUAAUUUUCCAGAACAUUUUUUGAACACACAAACAAACAUAAAUCUCAACCGUAUUUAAACCAAACUUAAUAACAUUGUUAAGUGACUUCCUCGUAUCCCCCUGGUUGAAUUUCAUUGUAUAUCAUUUUAACGGUUUUCCAAAACCAAUAUUAUUAUAAAACUAACUUCAUCACUUAACAUCUUUCUUUCUUUCCAAUUCAACAUUAAACAUACUAAUUCAUCACAUUACAUAUUUAAAUCCUAGGCCUAUCUGGUAUUUGCAAGCGUUUCCAAUUAAUUUAACUCAACAUAUUUAACUAAGUAGUCUUUAAAUUUCCUCCAUUCCUCCUGGUACUCCUCCUCCUUCUGGUCGCGGACUCUUCCAGUCAGAUCGGCUAGCUCCGAAAAAUCCACCAUCUUCAUCUGCCAUUCUUCCACUGUUGGAACUUCAUGUGAUUUCCAAUUCUAAGCUAACAAAAUUCUCGCUGCAGUUGUGGCAUACAAAAACUGUUAUUCCAAGAAGGCAGGCCUCUGGUUUCUUAAUAAAUGUAUAUUUCAACAUUUUUUUCAAUUCAUUAUAAAUCUUCUCCCAGAAGGCUUUCACCUUGGGGCAGGUCCACCACCUUUGGGUGCCAAUGCUUGGUGGGUUGGAAGCCCGGACUUCUAUCCAAUUCCCAAAGUGAGGCUUGAAGACUUUGCAUCCUCUGUUUUCCGUCGCAAUUAUUUUUUGCACGCAGCCGCCGGGCAGCGUUUUCAGUCCCCUCCAGAAUUAACGCCGACAAUGUUUAGGCGACACAAUGACCCUAUACCUACGUAAUAGACAAUCUUUAUAGAAUUCUUUCAAACAAUAACAAGUUCAAAAUGAAAUCUCAGACUCAAAGCCUCUGAAAGUCUUUAAAUGAAGCGAGGUGCCAAACUUUGCACGAUGAAAGAUAAGCUGUGGAGCUUUGUGUAUUCAGCAAAUAUAAUGUCCAACACUGAACAGAGAUUCCAGAUAUUGACAACUGAUUUGUAGAAUUCUUCGUCAGUGUGGUGGGAGAAUAUGGAAUUGUUUCAUAAACUCAUCUUAUUUUACAUGAAUAUAUGUGAAUGAAAAUGUCAAAUGCUGCAGUCAAUAUCCAGAACGCUGACAUUCUCUUUUGCAACACAGGGGUUUGUUUGGAUACUCGUUAUACAGUGGUCCCUCGGGUUAAGUACUUAAUUUGUUCCGGAGGUCCGUUCUUAACCUGAAGCUGUUCUUAACCUGAAGCACCACUUUAGCUAAUGGGGCCUCCUGCUGCCGCUGCGCCGCCAGAGCACGAUUUCUGUUCUCAUCCUGAAGCAAAGUUCUUAACCUGAAGCACUAUUUCUGGGUUAGCAGAGUCUGUAACAUGUACCGUCCAGAAUUAAGGCGCUCUGCGUUCAGACAUAGUCCUUCCUUUUAUUUUUAACCCGCCUGAAAUAACCGUUCCUUCUAUUUCCAGUUCCCAGCCUGUGUGUGUUGUUGCUUGUGCAGCCAAAAGAGGGUCACAUACUGUGCGCCCAAGGGCAGGAGAGGUGUCGGCAGGCUGGAUGGGGCCCUGCCACUUUGGGGAAGUGGCGGAAAUCUGAGGGGAGAAGCUCACAGGACCUGUCUCCCCCAAAACGGUGAUCAGCUUGCUGUGAUUCCUGCAUUGCAGGGGGCUAGACAACCUUAGGGGGUCCAUGUCAAUUUUACCAUUCUGUGAUUCCAUGAGGACUGAGCAUGCUCACUGGAGAGAGCCAGGGGUGUGUUUGUGGUGGAGUAGCGCUUGACGCUGCAACAUUUUGUUGCAGCUCUCCCCGAUCCUUUCUGCUCAGACACUGCAGCCUUCUUUCCCAGAGGCAACAGCAGACGUUUAAGGUGUUCUGGGAAGUCCCCACACAAGUCCUGAGGGAGCAUUUGCAUUCAGCCUGGAACAAGGAACCUGGCUGUGCUCCUCUUUCCAGCCAGUGGAACGCUUUCCUCCAGGUGAUUAGCCAUUUCCUCGUUAGAUUAUGCCCGGUUCAGCUAACAACUCCCCGGGAUGACAGCACUGCAGGGCUGGCGUUUCCCCGCAUGUCUGUUUAAGACUUAUUUCUUUAAUUUUUGCACUGUUUAAAAACAAACAAACCUCAAAGUGGUUUACGAAAAGGUGAAACAAUAAUAUCAACAAAAUUUGAAUUACAGGGAUAAUUCAAAACAUACAAACUGUUAAAAUACUUUCCAACAAGUUAAAACUUGCGUCAACUUUCUCAGCAUUUCUCAGGCUUGUCUAAAAAGGGAUGUUUUUAGCAGGUGCCAAAAAGAAUGCAGUGAAGGCGUCUGCUGGGUAUCAAUUGGCAGGGAGUUCCAAAGGGUAGGCACUGCCACCUUAAAUGGUCGAGUCCUUACAGAUACCCAGUUGGGUGUAUUAUGUGGUACCUGUCCCUGGGCCAAUCAAAGUGGCAGAGUGGGCACCUUGGGGUCAGGCGAUCUUGCAGGUCCCAAGUUGCUAAGGGCUUUAUCGACUCAUGGUAACUCCUCGAACUCGGGCCCGGUAGCAAAUUGUCAGCCUAAUCAGACCUCUGAGCGCAGGUGUUCCUUGCUCCCGCCAGCAAUUGCGCUGCAGCGUUCUGUCUUGUGUUGUUCCCUUGAGAAUUGCGACCGGCUUGGUAAACUCUGGAGGCUGGCAGCCAGGAAUACGCCUGGCCCUUCUGGUCAUUGAUUGACGAGGCCUUGGGUUCACCUGAAGCCACACAGGGCAGACAAAAGGAAAUCCGCUGCGCAGCUCACCUUAAUUCCCUCUAUUUCUGAUAUCCAGGAGCGAGUGGCAAGGUUUCUGCAGCCAAAGGGCACCCUUGCCACCCACGCACAAGAGGGAAGUAUUAGCAGGCUUGGCAGAGGCCCAAAGUUGGCAGACGGACAAAGAAUCGGGGGGGGGGGGGAAGCACCUCAGGGUGCUGGGAGUCCCAAGGCAGCCCAAGGGCCCUGCUGGAAAACAGAAAGCGAUUGUACUGCACCUUACGGCGGUGGGUGCUGCCACCCUCCUGGUGGGGGGUGUGAGUGCCCAUGGAAGGGCAGCUGCCUUGGCGCCCGUAGAAAUCCUCUUCUUCUUUGUCUAGGUCACAGAGCGCAGCCUCAGGUUGCACUCUGCCCAUGCCCAGAGGCUCUGCGCGUUCUCUUACUUGAAAGGUUCCAGGGCUGCGUUUUGGUGGGUCUUCCUGGUGCUGUGGGGUGGGGGCAGGCUGGACUCCUGGGUUCUGCCCAGCUCUUUUUGAUUGACAGAUAUUCUGGGGGUGGGAAGGAAGGUGCCCUCUGGAGCAAUUGGAAUCAUCUGGUAUCGUCUUUCGGGAGCCUAGGCAGGUUCUGGGCAGUUGCACCCUGAAGCAGUGCCAUGCGGGACCUUUUCUGCAUUGGCCCCAGCAGAAGGAGGCAGCAGAAGAGCAGACUGUACCAUUUCGGGCUGCAGGGGAGGAAGUCCCAUUUUAAAGACUCCCCAGUUUAAAAACAAAGCAAGCACAACUCUUUCAAGCUAUGACCUCGCGCCCAAAAGCAAACCUUGCACCUGGAGGUGAUGGUUCAGCUUUGGCUUGUCCCCUCUUGUGCCUCACCUUCGAAUGGGACCCCCUGGGACCAUCCAAUCCAACCCCCUCCAGCGCUUGAAUUCCAGCUAAAGAACCGCUGACAGGGGGCCACCCAACCUCUCCUUCAAAACCUCCAGUGAAGAAAAAUCUACCCAUCUUCUCCGCUGGCCCCAGGGGUGACCCAAACAACAUGGUCCAGGUCCCGUCCAGAAUCAAAAAGGUUCUGCUGGGAGUCAGUCCCAGUCCGACAGGGCCAAGGCAGGACACCAGGCAGGAAACCAGGCAAGGAUAGGCGCAGGAUCUCAGGCAGGAUCUGGCAUGCAGCCAUGUUGCUCCCGCAAUUUGGGGUGGGAUCCGACAGCCUUUUAUCUUUGUCAGUGUAGCGGCUGGUCCUGAUCCCUGGGGCCUCACCUCCCUGUCUCGCCUGAGGGUGAGCACUCCUCCUGCAGGUACUCAGGUCUCGCCUUCUCUCAGACCUCAGUCUCUGCAGCUUGGGAGACGUCGGUGGGUUACUAGACCCAGGGGCCGCCUCAGCCUCCCCUGAUCCAACUGGUAGUGGAGCAGCUGGAAGUGAUGGCCCAGCUGGAGGCAACGAGGUCAUCCCCGCGUCUGGAGCCAGGGCAGGCUCAGGCCCCUGACUCAGCCCAGCUGGUGCUUGUUGCAGGGGAACCUGUGCAGACUGGGGCUCUUCAGGAUCAGGCCCCAGACUCGGUUCAGAUGCCGCCUGAGGCAAAGGAUCCAGUGCAGAAUGAGUCUCCUCUGGUUCCGAGUCCGAGCCUGAGUCCCAGGCCAUCACCCCUUCCAAGGGAAUCUGUUCCUCUGCCAAACAGCUCUUACGCCAAGGAACUUCUUCCUGAUGUUGAGUUGGAAUCUGCUUCCUUGUAGUUUGAAUCUGCUGGGUCCUGUGCUCUGGAGAAGCAUCAGAAGGCAAGCUUGCUCCAUCUUCCCUUUGGCAGAUAUUUCUGAGACUCAUAGAAUUGCAGGGGGUGGACUAGAUGACUCUGGGGGUCCCUUCCUAACUCUCCACUUCUGGGAUUCUGGCACUGCUGGGCGCCUGAGUUGGAGAGAGUGGCCGAGGCAGGUGUGAGUGCCCCUCUCCUUUUUACACCGGGUCAGCAGAGAGGUGGAGCUCCAUCGGCCAGGUAGCAGGCUUUGCUCUGCCAUGGGCGUGCCCAGAUGGCUCAGUUGGUAGAGCGUGAGACUCUGGAUCUCAGAGUUGGGGGUUCAAGCCCCACACUGGGCAAAAGGUUCCUGCAUGGCAGGGGGUUGGACCGGAUGACCCUCAGGGUCCCUUCCAGCUCUGACCCCUGGAAGUUUCCCACAAGGCGGGCAACCCUGUGUGCGUAACGGGUUGGCACGAGAGCCCUGGGGACUUUGGAGAGAGUGGGGCGUUCUUCUGCUUGGCACCAAGCAGACCCCACGGUCUCUGAGCCCAUCCUGCAAGGAGGAGACUUUGCUGCGGCAUUUUGCUUGGGGCGGGGGCAUCUGUGCCAAUCUUGGACUGCUUUGGUCGAGGGUCCAGGCUGAGCGGCCUCUAGAGCAGUUUCUGGGCUGCCUGGCGAGGCUGGCUGCCAUGCCUGCCUUGGUGCCAAGCUUGUCCGGGUGUGUCUGGCUGGGCAUGUGGCCCUGGGCCGCCUUGAGCGCAGGGGACGCUGGCCAGCUCCCUGCCACGUGGGCGCAGGAGUGUGCCUGUCUUUUGUGUGAGUUUGAAAUGUGCUGGCCCCGCUUUCCCCUCCUUCCUGCCAGGCCUGAGUGAGGGGCUGGCAGCCGGGCUCCCUCCCUCUCCGGUGGCCGGUGGGAGGGCCGGGGCCUGGAAGAGGCGGCCCCUGGCGCAAGGGAGCAGGCGGAGGAGCUUGCAGGGGCGGCUCUUGUAAGAGGAGCCCAACCAGGAAUGCUGGGCUGGAGGGGCGGGCGUGGGGCCAGGCGGUUUCCUGUCUAUGGGGGGAAGAGGCUUGCAGCUGGAGCAUAGGGUUCCCCGAGGCGCAUGGGGGGCCUGAGAGGGAGAAGGAGCCCCGCUGAGGGGCAGGAGGUGAGAGCCGGGCCUAGGGGCACCCGAGGCUUGGGAACGAAGGCGGGCAGCAGGGGGCAGCAGCAGGCAGGCCAGGGCACGGGUGGCACCCAGGGGUGACCCCCAGGCAGGUGGUGGUGCUGCUGCUGCAGAGAUGGGGCACGGGACCCCUUGCCUGCAGGCUCGCCUCCUUGCGGGGGGUGCCAUCUGGCUGGCUGGCAGGCUCCCCUCCUUUGUGAAACGGGGGGCACAGCCAGGGCUGUUGCCCUUUCAGGCACAGAGGCUGCUUGUUCUGCGGGUGGGAGUCUGGAGCCGCCCGGCUGGCAUGAAAGGACGGCCCUGUUCUCUCCGCAGCUCGGCCGGGGGCGCAGAAUCUGCUGACGGAGGCCUGGGCAGCGCCAGCAGCAGCAAGAGGCCAGGAGCUGGGGGCCUCGCUGCCCCACCCCGCCCCACCCCACAGGCAGGCUGGAGACCUCCGCACCAGCUCUCCGGGUGCAGACGGCACGGUGUUUCCUGGCCUCCGAAGCGGCCCCAGCCGUGCCCAGAUGGGGGCCCUGCCAGGGGCCCCUGGCCCUGCCGCCCUGGGGCAGUAGGGGUGCCCCCAGACUUCCCGCACCCCGCAGAGGAGGCGUCGGUGAGGGAGAGGGUGCUGCGCCAAGAUGCAGGACAAACUCCGCAUCCUGGAGGACCUCAACAUGCUGUACAUCCGACAGAUUGCCCUCAGCCUGGAGGUAAGGGGGCAGCUGGGCAGGACCUUGCCACCCGCCGGGGAGGGGCUUUGCUUCAGGGAGGGGGGCUCCUUCCGAAGGGAUGCGGAGACCUGUGUGAGUAGGGGGUGCAGUGUCCUUUUGGUCCCCAAAGGCAGCUGAGAAAAGAUACCCCCAGAGUGCAAAGUUUGGAGUUUCCCCAAACUUGCGUUGCGCAUUUAGCAAUGCCCAGCGAGGAGUGCUGUGGAUCUCAGAAGCUGGCGCCCGCCUUGCUGAGCUGGGUAGAAGCAAACAGAUUGCCUUGGGGUUUCCUGGAUGUUUGCCUGGCGCUCCUCUGUCACCCGAAUAUUGGCACCCGUUUUCUCUUUGUCUCCGAGCUGAAUAGGGAAGGGGGCAGGCCCCUUCAUUUGAAAAAGGGUGGGGGCGCAGGAGGCUGUGCAGGACCCGAUUUGGAGUGCAGCGGGUGCCCUCGACUCGCUUGCUGUGUGUCUCCACCUUGAUGCAACAAUAUUGCCCGGGCAUUGUUCUCCCGGUGGUUGCAGUGAGUGAGACGCUGCCAAGUUUUGAGGUUGCCCCUCUGGGACCACCUGCUGCUUCCUGGGCCCCUUUCCUGUGUGGUUGCGUCAGUCCUGGGGGGCAGGAGCUUCCCAGCGCCAGUGGGGGGGGGUCCCCAGUCUCCCUUGGCUUGGCUUCCAGACAGGUGUGCCUUGUGGCGUUUCCAUGCUUUCUGGGGCUUCUGCUGGGAGUCCGCCUGGCCAGGCUGGUGUUGGGCUUGGGCCAGAGUCCGGCCUCGCUCCACAGGCGGGGGUGGUUUUUUUGGGGGGGGUCUGGCGCCCUUUGGGGUUUGUCAUCCGGUUUGGUGCAGCAGAAAGGUGGGACUUCCUGCCUGGGCCCAGCAGGAAAGGGACUCAGAAGAGCCCCUGGGCUGGAUCAGGCCAGAGUCCUGUUCCCCCGGGGGCCAAAGGGAAGCCCCAAAGCAGGAUUGGGGCUCAAGAACAGCCCCCCGACUUUUCCAGCCGCUGGGAUUCAGGAGAGUUGCAGAUUCCAACUGCGGAGGCUGAGGCGUCCUGGCGAGGAGCCACUGACAGCCCUCCAUGAAUUUGUCCUCUUUUGAAGCUAUGCUCCUAGUAGCAGGGAGUUCCACAGUCUAACUCUGCGCUGCAUGAAGGAGGACUGUCUUUUAUUUGUCCUGGAUCUUCUGUCAGCUUCAUGGAUUUUCCAGAGUUCUAUGAGAGAGAGAGAGACAGAGAAUCCUCUCUCUCCCCACUUUUCCCAGGCAAGACAUAAUUUUAUAAUAUAAUAAUAAUUUAUUAUGUAUACCCCACCCAUCUGGCUGAGUUUCCCCAGCCACUCUGGGCGGCUUCCAAUCGAGUGUUAAAAACAAUACAGCAUUAAAUAUUAAAAGCUUCCCUAAGCAGGGCUGCCUUCAGAUGUCUUCUAAAAGUUUGGGAGUUAUUUUUCUCUUUGACAUCUGGUGGGAGGGUGUUCCACAGGGCGGGCGCCACCACUGAGAAGGCCCUCUGCCUGGUUCCCUGUAGCUUUGCUUCUCACAAUGAGGGAACCGCCAGAAGGCCCUCGGUGCUGGACCUCAUCAUCCGGGCAGAACGAUGGGGGUGGAGACGCUCCUUCAGGUAUACAGGACCAAGGCCGUUUAGGGCUUUCAAGGUCAGCACUUUGAAUUGUGCUCGGAAACGGACUGGGAGCCAAUGUAGGUCUUUCAGGACCAGUGUUAAGUGGUCCCGGUGGCCACUCCCAGUCACCAGUCUAGCUGCCGCAUUCUGGAUUAAUUGCAGUUUCCGGGUCACCUUCAAAGGUAGCCCCACAGAGAGCGCAUUGCAGUAGUCCAGGCGAGCGAUAACCAGAGCAUGCACCACUCUGGCAACACAGUCUGUGGGCAGGUAGGGUUUCAUCCUGCGUACCAGAUGGAGCUGAUAAACAGCUGCCCUGGACACAGAAUUGACCUGCGCCUCCAUGGACAGCUGGGAGUCCAAAAUGACUCCCAGGCCAUCAUGUCGCCUUUUCCUUGCCUUUUCUCCAAGUCCCAUGGCUGCAACUGUUCCUCAUAGGGCAGUCGAUCCCAGAUUCCUCGGAUCCUUUGGGUUGCCCUUUCCUGAGUCAUUUUCCAACUGGGCCCUCUCCUUUGGGAGCUGAGGGCAGGCAAGCUCUGCUUCUUUGCCCAAUGGAGGACAGAGAAAAGGAAGGAAGCUGUUUUUCAUAUUAACCUGUGGAACUCCCCUCUGCAGGAGACCAGUGGCUGAAAUCCCCAGGAGGAGAGAGGGCUCCUGUGUUCGAAUUCUGCUUGCAGGUUUCCCAUUGGGGCAUCUGUGAGGUUACAGGGAACCAGGCAGAGGGCCUUCUCGGUAGUGGCACCAGAUGUCAAGGAAAUAAACAACUAUCCUACAUUUAAAAGCCAGUUUUUAAUAUUUGAUGCUGUAUUGUUUUUAACACUCGAUUGGAAGCUGCCCAGAGUGGCUGGGAAACUCAGCCAGAUGGGCGGGGUAUAAAUAAUAAUAAUAAUAAUAAUAAUAAUAAUAAUAAUAAUAAAUAAUGUUUGGCCACCCUGAGCUGCAUGGGUCCCAUUGACCUGAAACAGCAGGCUCUUUGGAUGUCUUACUUAAUGAACAACUUGAUAGGCAGGAUCCGUCCCCCUGCCUUGGCUGCCAGAAAGCCCUUGACCCAGACGGCCCCCCCAUUCCGCUGCUGCUCCCCCCCCCCCGGAACAAGCCAGGUAGCCCAGAGUUGCAGACCUUUGAGGGGAAAGGACCCGGAAGGCUUUUGCCUUGUGCAGGCUGGUCUUGUCCCUGGCCAGGCCAAGGCGAGGCAACAUGGCGUAGUGGUUAGAGCGCUGGACUACUGGGCUUGAAUCCGCACGCAGCCAUGUCACCGCAUCUCAGCCUCCGCUCCCUCGCAGGGUUGUUGUGGGGGGGUCAAAGGAGGAGUCGGAGAACUCUGUACGCGAAAAAGGUGGGAUAGAUAUUGUUAUGUUCUGAGUUGAAUAGGAUCCAAAAUGCAGCAGUCUGAUUGGUCCUAGAAGAAUAUGCUCAUAAAUAGCAAUAAAUAAUAAUUGUCAUGGUUUCGGCCAAGGUGCUUCGUGUGGCUCCAACAAAGGGGGGGGGGAUGUGAGGCGCAGGGAGCCCCUUCCCUGACCCCCUUCUCUCCACCCCUCUGAGUGGGUCGGUCUGGACUGGUUUCGGUUGUUGAGCGCUGAAGCAGCGGCACUCUGCUCAUGCUCAGAGGGACUCUGUCGAGAUCAGCUGUGAUUCCUGCAUUGCAGUGGGGGGGUUGGUCUAGAUGACUUGUGGGACCCCUUCCCACUCUGAUUUUGUGUUUGGCACUGAAAUGAGGUUGUGCAGAGAAUCCCGGCUGGCCAGACUCCACUGCCUGGGGGGGGGGGCACAUUGGCCAGACACCCCCCCACUCCAGAUUUUCCUCCCAGCCUUCUAAAUCCUCAGCAUCUCUGCCAUAAUCUGCCGCAAGCUGAUUAGCCCAGGCUGGAGGUCCAUGGAAGGGGGGGGCAGAGUUUUGAGCCUCAUGCCAGCCCCACCCUUUGCCCCCCACCCUUUGCCCACCUCCCAAAACCUGCCCCCCAUCUUCACCCCCCUCAGUUUGCCUAGGAGAGCCCCCCCCUGCUCCAUCCCUGAGUUCUGGGGUGCCUCCAGCCCCACAAAGGAUUGAGAGCAAAUGGCCCCCAUCUGCCCCCCCCAAAUGCAAACUCUUGCAUGGGACCCCUUCCCUUUUCUCAGCCGCCCCAUAGAGGGGAAGGGGCUCCCAAGUAAUGUAGGUUUUUGGGGGGGCCUGAGGAGCAUCUCCCCACCCUCCCCUUCCCCACCAGACCCCUGCUUUCCCCCUCCCCAUUUUCUUGAGGGGGGCAGAGGAGGCCGCGGUCUCCCCAGCCCAGCUGUCCCCCCCCCAACCCGGCUAUAAAUAGGCAGCUGGUGAUGUCAGAGUUUCCUCAGCUGCUGCGCCGACUCUGCCCCCCCGUCCCUCCCCCUCCAGCUGUCACCCGCCCCGCUGCCAGGACCGCCUUUGCCGCAUGGGGGGCCGGCAGCUAAGUUAGGGGGCGCCGGCAUGGAGAGCGGCAGGCUGGCCAAGGUGAGUGGCUGGGGGGGGCGCUUGGGGGGGUGAGGAGGGGAGCCCCCCAGGAAGAGACUGGGGUUUCCCCUCUGAGAGGCCUGGAGGAGGCGGGACCCUCGUGCCCAUCUCUGCGGCUGGCAUGAUGGAGGGCAUUUCUCGCGGGGGGGGGGGCUCUCUCUCUCCCCCCCCCAGAAGCUGCUGGAUUUUUUUGCUGCUUCACGGCCCUUCAGGCUGGGGGAGGGAGGCGGUUGAGGCUGGUUUUUUUGGGGGGGGGUCCAUAGCUGUAGAGACAAGGGGGGGUCUCUGCAUCCGGCAGGGUCAUUGUGGGAGGGGUCAGUCGCGAGGGCCCCCCCCAUACCCAAAGCCUCCGAGGCAAAAAUGGAUGCUAAUGGGAUUGCCUCUGGCCUGGGCAAAAGGCUGCAGAGAAUUGGAGAGUUGGAAGGGGCCCCCCAAAGGACAUCUAGUCCAGCCCCCCGGCAACACAGGGGAGAAGGAAGGAAUUCCGCCCCCCCCCGAUUGUAUCCCUCCUUUCAGAUCUCUCCACCCCGUCUUUGGUACAUAAUGUCCAUUGCGCAAGGGGUGGGGGGCAAGAGACUCUGCCCCCGGAGCUUUACCUGUUGAACCCCGGUUUUUCAGCAGAGCUUGGAGGGCCACCUGCCACAGGUGCUUUAGUUGGGGUUGCUGCGUUGGACCCGAUGACCCUGGGGGUCCCUGGAAUUUGAUAGGUCUACUGUGACUCUGUGCGUGUUAUGGGGGAGGCACUCUGCACAAGCUCAGGAACCUUUUACAGAGGUGGGGCUUUGCAUGUUCAGAGGCUGAGCUCUCGCCCUGACGGUGGGUUCUGGGGGUCAUCAAUUCUCACUCAAAGAUCGGGGGUCUUCCUGGGGUGGCGGGUGGGAGACCGUGGAGCCUGGUAUUUUUUUUUCCGGUGGGGGCACCAAACACAGGAAAAUGUUUUCCUUUAUUGUGAUGUAUUUUAAUAUACAAUAAUAAUAUUUAAUAUCUAAUAAUAAUAAUAAUAAUAAUAAUAAUAUUUAACAGCAGCAUGAAGGCGUUUUGGGAAAUUGACCGUCAGGAAGGCGGUUGAUUCUGAACACCCCCAGGCAUUGUUUAUGGCGCCGCUUGGAGACGCCCCCCCCCCCCCAAAAAACCCCCGCUUUGGCUCCCCAGAGGCUGUACACUGGGGCAGGUCAGCUUUCCCUUGCCCCACAGAAAGGGCCCAACGUUUUGGGCCUGUGAGAGGUGGGGAGCACUCUGCGCAUGCUCAGAGCACUCUGGCCGUUGAGAACAGGGGCUGCUUCUCUCCUCUCACCCCCCGCAAAAGACACACAGCUGUCACAGAAGCUGAGUCCGGGGGGUGUUUCUUUCUUCGUUUAUGGGGCACCCUCUCACUCCACUUCCCAAUCCUGUCCCAGGCCAUUUGGUGUCCUUUCCCAGAAGGUCUUUCUGGCACCCCCCUUUUGCCCUGAGCCCCCCAACACUUGCCAUUGCCCCACCAGGCACCAUAACUGGGGGGGGGGGGAUCAGGCAGCUUUGAGCUCCUGCGAUAAUAAAUUUUCUGGCCCACGUAGGACCAGUCUAUAUAGUUAGCCUUGACGUUUUCAUCCCCAAAAAAGUUUUUGAUUUGAGUUUCCACUGAAAUGUGGCUGCAUUUUAAUGUUUUUAUGUUGUAUUUUAAUCUUGUUUUUUAAGCUGUAUUUCAAUCAAUUGUUUUAUAUUUGGUGUUAGCUGCCCCGAGCCUGGUCUUGGCUGGGGAGGGCAGGGUAUAAAUAAAAUUUAUCAUUAUUAUUAUUAAUAAUAAUAAUAAUAAUAAAUGAGUGGACUGGGGUUCUUGGACGGGCCCCCCCAGCUUCAUUCACAUGCCCCCCCUUUCAUUUCUCUCCCCCCCUCGCAGGGCACCGAUAUCCAGAAGAAGAUCGACCAUGAGAUCCGCAUGCGCGAAGGCGCCUGCAAGCUCCUGGCGGCUUGCACCCAGCGCCAGCAGGCUCUGGAGGUCACCAAGAGCCUGCUGGUCUGCAACAGCCGCAUCCUGGCGUACAUGGCUGAGCUUCAGCGCAUGAAAGAGGUGCAAGUCAUGCAGCGGAUGGCCAGGCGGUGAGUGAGGUGGCGGGUGCGCGGCACAUGUCUGCAGGAGGGCCAGUGCGGCCCUGGGCCAAGAGGAGGAAAAGCCUCAGGGCUGGGCUGGCACUCUGCACAUGCUCAGGAACGCUCUGGGGCUGAGGUUUGGCUCUGGAGGGUGUUAGCGGAGAAAUCUGAGGGCUCCCUUGGACAAAAAACAAGGACCCCAGCCAGGAAGACCAGAGCAAAACAGCAGCCAGUAGGCUUGGUCUUUCUUGAAGACUGUGGCGACAGGACUCCCACCUGCCACCAGGUGGAACAAGAUGGAAGCCCCGAACAAAAGAGCCCCCAAACUUUUAUUAGCUGCUAAUCCCCAUGUUAGGGACGCGGGUGGCGCUGUGGGGUAAACCACAGAGCCUAGGACUUGCCGAUCAGAAGGUCGGCAGUUUGAUUCCCCGCAACGGGGUGAGCUCCCAUUGCUCGGUCCCUGCUCCUGCCAACCUAGCAGUUCGAAAGCACAUCAAAGUGCAAGUAGAUAAAUAGGUACCCCUGUGGCGGGAGGGUAAACGGCGUUUCCGUGCGCUGCUCUGGUUCGCCAGAAGCGGCUUAGUCAUGCUGGCCACAUGACCCGGAAGCUGUACGCCGGCUCCCUCAGCCAGUAAAGCGAGACGAGUGCUGCAACCCCAGAGUCGGCCACGACUGGACCUAAUGCUCAGGGGUCCCUUUACCUUUAAUCCCUAUGUUACACCCCCCAAACUACAUCACUAAUACAUCACAGUUACAUCAUGAAAGGGGAGGUCUGUGGCAGGAAUCUGAGCAUCCUGGACCCUGCCCCAUGGUUCCCCUUGCCCUCCACCAAACACCCAUCAAGUGGAACAAAAGAGAUAUUUACAUUCCCCUGUUUCCCAGCCAAGUUCAUCCCACCUUUUGUCUUCAUCUGGGUUUGUUAUUUCUGGAAUGGCUACCUGUCUGGCCCUCAGGUAUCAGGAGGCCAGGGAUUAUCACUCAGGCAGAGGGGCUGCUGAGGAGCUGAGCUCACAUGUCUAGAUGAAUUUCUGAAGUUUUCCCAGUGAGCCAGUACAUAGGAAGAUUGAUCAGUGAAUUCUUACAUUUGGUAUUGUGCAACAGAGGCCCUUUGAAUAGAUAGGAAGAAACUGUGGUGAAGUGUUUUGUGGAGACAAAUCACAUAAGUCACAAAAGCGAUUGUGCUGGUUUUGGUAGUGGGCUGCAGGUGCAUGAUAUCUGCUGGAGGGGCAACCCCUCCCAACCUGUACAUAAAUUCCUGCAACAAGGGAGAGCUGGGGGGGGCAGCAUAGAGAGGAGCUGUGCGCCUACAGGAGCGCCCCAAGAGCUUAGGGUGGGGUUGAGAAGGGGCUGCCUUCGACGCCUCCUGGGUUGUCCAAAGGGGCCGGAUUCAAGGUUAGGCUGGCCUCUUCUGGGGGGGGCGGUCCUUCCAGCGGCAGAAGAGCCUGAGGGGGACCCUCUUUGGGCGAGGGAAGUUUGCUCAGCCUCCUCUUGGGAGCAGCUGAGUUGGCCUUUCGCAGGAGGCCUCUGGUGCGAUUCCUGCGUUGCAGCGGGUUGAGCUAGAUGACCCUUUGGUUCCCCUCCAGCCCUACACUUCUACGAGAUUAUGACUGUUCUUUUCAUUCUGACUAUCCAUUCCUACUGCUACCACCUACUUCUGCCUCUUUUCUGAAUGAGGCACUGCUGCUCUCUUAAUCCACCCCUUGGGCUGUUAAAUCUGUUUUAAUGGUGUGGGUGUGAUUCACAGAUGAAGGGGGGUAUAGAAACAUUAUUAUUAUUAUUAUUAUUAUUAUUAUUAUUAUUAUUAUUAUUAUUUAUUACAGUACUGGACUAAAAGACCACAAGGUGAUACGCAAACUGAAAGACAGUAUUGCAGUAAAAGCAAUUGACAACAUCAAACAUACUCAAAAAUGUUUUAUUGUAUUUUUAAUAUUUUGUUUGGAGCUGCCCAGAGUGGCUGGGGAAACCCAGCCAGAUGGGCGGGGUAUAAAUUAUUAUUAUUAUUAUUAUUAUUAUUAUUAUUAUUAAAUUAAAAUCUGCAUGCUGCCAUGAAACUUUAAAAAAAUAAAUAGUAGCAUAUGACUCUUCUAAAAUAAAUUUUUAAAUGAAGAAUGCAGCUGAUGCAGUUGUUCUGCUUCCCCACAUCCUUGGAGUUGUCAAUCAAGAGUGUAGCCUGAACUCUCCCAUGAUGCUGGAGUGGGGCUUUUGGGGGGCAGGCAGUGGGGGGGGGUCCUCCCUGUGUCUCUGACAGCCCUUUCUCCCCCCCCCCUCAGCCCCUCAGACGCUGGUCCCGUGGACGACCGCCUGCCCUGCCGAGGCAGAGUCUGCAUCUCAGGUAAGGAUGCCGUGACCCACCUGGCCGCAGGUGCAGCCCAGCCGGACCCCUUCCCGGCCCAGAGCCCAGGGGGAGAGGCAGGCAGAGCAGCCCGGUUCCAAAGGGGAGCUGUUUUGGGGUGCAAAAAUGGCCUUCCCUCUGCAAAAAUUCCCGCAUUGCCGGGGGUUGGACUAGAUGACCUGGGGGAUCCCUUCUGUGAUUCUAUAUUGCCCCUAUAAUUGGCUUUCAAGAAUUGUUACUGAUUUGUAAAGAAUGCUUGAGGCAUGUUCUGGAGGAGACCAAAGGCACAUCCAUGCUUUAGAUCAGCUCCCAGACAUUUUGGGGGUCCCACCCCUUUUGUUCCCAGCGGAAUAAGAACAUUAUUCAGAACAUAGCAGCUUGCACGACCCGCCAAGGGUGGCCAUAAGGCAACAAAUUCAAAACGGUGACAAUUAAUUGCACAUGCCUCCAAAAUCCAAUUUCAGCUAUUGAGUUUAAUUAAUUCCACAAAAUGGAAGCUCUUGAUUCCGUCAGACCAGUUUUCCUUUUUUAAAAAAUUGCUUUAUUAGUUUAAAAAAGAAAAAACUGUCAACGAACGAAAAGCCAAAGGAUAAUACAAAUUGCAAAAAGUAAAUGGAUUUCUUACAACGCUGCUUCCAUUAUGACUUCCAGUCACACCAUCGAAGGUUCCGGGUUUCUGUUAUGGAGCACACUUUUCGUUAUCACUCCCAUCUUAUCCCAUAUCCUUAUUUUUAUAAGAUUUUCUUUGUCUCUACCGGGGUCCUAUGCUCUUUCAGAUAUUUUCUGUAAAUAUCCCACUUUCUAAUAAACGUUUGGUCUAUAUUAUCUCUAAUUCUUAUUGUCAUCUUUGCUAAUUCUGUAAAUUCUAAUAAUUUUGUCUGCCAAUCCAUUUUGGUUGGAAUAGAGUCUCCUUUCCAGUUUUUAACUACUAAGAUUCUUGCUGCCAUAUUCCUCAUAUUUUUGGGAAUAUCCAUACCUGUUAUACCCAGUAGAAAGGCUUCGGCGUUUCCCCCCCCCCAAAAAAAGAGAUUUUAAACAUCUUUUUGAGCUUAUUAUAUAUAUUGAGUCCCAAAAUUCCCUUAUUUUCCUGCAAUUCCACCACAUGUGUAUCAUCGCUGGACCAGUUUUCCUUUUUUUUUUUUUCGCAAGUAAAUUUUUAUUCAGAAUUUGUAUAAAGAAAAGAAAAAAGAACUAACAAAUACAAAAAUAAACAUUUUAACAUAAAUUAUUCAUCCUAUUUUCAUACUAUACAAAAAGAAAGCAUACGUUCAUACAAAAAUAAUAAUAUAACCAGUAGGCUCUCCUUAGCCUUUGACUUCCCUUCACCCUUUUGGUAAGUAUCAAAUAAGUCCCGGGUUGCGUAAUUAGUUUAUUAAAGUUUAUAGUUAUUAGCUGAUAAAGUUUUUCUAAUACCGCCAGCUCCUCCUAUAUAUCCGUUCCAAUAUAUUUCCAAAACUUACUCCAAUUUUUUGAAAUUUCUGGUCGUCUUGGUCUCGUAUUCUGCCUGUUAAUCUAUCUAGCUCGGCAUAGUUGAUCAUUUUGACCUGCCAGUCACUUAUGUUAGGAAUAGUUUCUAUUUUCCAGUUUUGUGCCAGCAUAAUUCUUGCGGCUGUGGUGGCAUAGAGAAAUAUUUUUUAUCUUCAUUUUUAUUUCCUUACCCAUUAUUCCCAGCAAAAAGGCCUCAGGUCUCUUGGGAAAAGUGUAUUUAAAAACUUUUUAAGUUCAUUAUAAAUUGCUUCCCAAAAACCUUCACCUUGCUGCAUUGCCACCACAUAUGGUAGAGGUCUCCUCCCCUUCACCACAUUUCCAGCAUGUCUUAUUUUCUGAUCUAUAGAUUUUAGCCAAUUUUGCCGGCGUAAGAUACCAUCUAUAGAGCAUUUUCCAAACAUUUUCUCUCAAACUCGUACAGGCCGUAAAUUUAAUGUCUCUAUUCCACAAUUUCAACCACUUUUCAAACUCGAUGUUAUAACCGAAGUCAAUUGCCCAUUUAAUCAUUGCCUCUUUGACUUCCUCGUCUUUUGUAUGCCAUUCCAGUAAUAUGUCAUAUAAUUUAGACAAUGUUUUGUUUUUGCCUUCUAUUAUUUCUAUAUUGAAUUUUGAUUUCUUGUCCUCAAAGCCCAUUUUUCUUUUAUCUUGUUUUAACAUAUCAUUCACCUGAUGAUAUUGUAGCCAGCCGGUGAAUUGAUCCUUUAUUUCCUCAUACGGUUUAAGUUUAAGCCCUUGUUCUGAUUUUCUUAGCAAAUCUUCGUAGGUGGCUGUCUUCCCUUCCAUGUUGGUUUUUUAGUGUUAAGACCUCUACUGGUGAAAUCCACCAUGGUGUUUUUCUUUCGAGAAGGUUCUUAUUUCUUUCCCAGACCUGAUAUAUUGGUCCCCUGAAAAUAUGGUUUAAGAAAGCCCUGUGGACUUUCACCUUCUCGUACCAGAGAUAUGCGUGCCACCCAUACCGGUUAUUGAAACCUUCUAAAUCCAGUAGGUCUCUGUUCUCCAAUUUUAUCCAAUCUUUUAACCAAAGUAGGCACGCUGCUUCAUAAUAUAGGCUCAAAUCUGGGAGGGCAAAACCUCCUCUUUCCUUUUUAUCAAUUAGUAUUUUCAUUUUAAUCCUUGGUCUUUUCCCCUGCCAGAUGAAUUUCAUCAGGGUUCUCUGCCAUUCUUUACAUUGUUUUAGACCUUUAAUAACUGGAAGAGUUUGAAAUAAAAACAACAUCCUCGGCAAAACAUUCAUUUUAACCACUGCUAUCUUCCCUAAAAAGGAAAAUUUCAUCCUCCCACAUAUUUCCAGAUCUUUCAUUAUUUUUUUCCAUGUAACUUCAUAAUUAUCUUUAUAUAGGUUUAUGUUUUUGCCGUAAUCCACACUCCCAAAUAUUUCACUUUUUUCACCACCAUGAUUUCCACUUUUUGUUCUAGAUCUUUCGUUUCUUCCUUAGUUAAAUUUUUAACCAGCAUUUUAGUUUUAUUCUUGUUUACCUUAAAACCUGCCACCUCUCCAAAUUCCUCAAUUUUUUGUAAUGCUUCUUUUACACUAUCUUGUGGAUCUUCCAAAGUCAAAACAAUAUCGUCGGCAAAGGCUUUAAUUUUGAAUUCCUUCUUUCCUACUCUAAUUCCUUUCACUUCUGUUGCCUCCCUCAGUCUCUUAUUAAGUACUUCCAAAAUUACAAUAAAUAAUAAGGGGGACAGGGGCAACCUUGUCUGGUCCCUUUAUAAAUGUUAAAAUAUUCUGUUGUAUUGUUAUUUAUCACCAGCUUUGCUUUCUGUUCUUUGUAUAUUGCUUCUAUGCCUCUUCUAAAUUUUUCGCCAAUUCCCAUCCUUUCCAAAGCCUUCUUUAGGAAGUUCCAGGAAACAUUAUCAAAUGCCUUUUCGGCGUCUAUGAAAACCAGUGCGGCUUUUCUGUCUAUUUUCAUGUCCAGGUAUUCAAUAAUGUCAAUCAAAUUCCUUACAUUGUCCCGUAAUUGUCUCCCUGGGAGAAAUCCUGAUUGAUCACCAUGAAUUUUAUUAAUCAAGACCUUCUUUAAUCUUUCCGCCAUUAUGUCUGCAAAUAGCUUAUAAUCAUUAUUUAAUAAUGAGAUUGGCCUAUAGUUCUUUACUUCCAUAGUGUCCACCUCUUUUUUAGGGAUCAAUAUAACAUAGGCUUCCUUCCAGGUAUUAGGUAUCUUUCCUUCUCUCAAUAUAUUGUUCAUAACCUCUCCCAGCACUGGUGAUAUUUGGUUAAUUAAUGUUUUAUAAUAUUUGGCCGGAAGGCCGUCCGGUCCCGGCGCCUUCUCAGCUUUCAUCUUUUUAAUAGCCUUUGUUAUCUCUUCCUGGCACCUCCCUGCCCCUUCGUGGCCCCCACUUGGGGACCCCCUGGCGUAGAUGUCUGGGCCCCCACUGUGUUACCUGCAGGCCUCUCUCCUCUGCCCUCCUGGACACAUUUGGGGAUGCAAAUCUUUAUCUCCUCUUUACUUUUUAAAAUUUUUAUAAAUACAUCUUUAUUGGUUUAAAAUACAGCCUUACAAUAAAGGUAAGUACGACAAAGUUAAGCACAGAAAAGGAAAAAAAGGAAAAGAAAAAAGAAAAGGGGGGGGGGGGAAGAAUUCUCCACAUCAAAAAGUACAAAAAGUUUAACUAUUUAGUGAAAUAUGUUCAGUUAAAUUAAUUGGAAAAGCUUGCAAAUACCAGAUAGGCUUAGGACUUAAAUAUGUAAUAUGUUGAAUUAAUAAGUUUAAUGCUGAACUGGAAAGAAAGAAAGAUGUUAAGUGAUUAAGUUAAUUUUAUAAGAAUAUUGGAUUUGGAAAAUCGUUAAAAUGAUAUACACUGAAAUUCAACCAGGGGGUUACGAGGAAAUCACUUAACAAUGUUACUAAGUUUGGUUGAGAUUUAUGUUUGUUUGUUUAAUUUUUUUUUGGAAAAUCAAUACAAAAAAUUGGGGGGGGAGUACAAAUAGUUUAAAAGUAACAAGAAAAGAAAAAGAAAAUAACAAUUAAAAGUACCAGAUAUUUAUACAACAUCAUUGGAAGCUUUUCACAGAAUAAGACAUGAUGUUGUAUCUCCUCCUCUUUCCAGACCUCCGGAUCCCACUGAUGUGGAAGGACACGGAAUAUUUCAAGAACAAGGGCGGUGAGUCCUUCUUGGUGGUGGCCCCUCCGACGGCGCAUGCCUUUGCUUCCUGCGCAUGGCGCCUCUGGCGGUGUUCGAACGCCCCACGAUCUGAGCCGGGCACCCACUUCCGAAGCCGCUGGGCACCUCCUUGCCAAGCCAACUCUUCUUCUUCCCCUCUCCCUCCCUGGGCCUUGUGGGGCUGGCUGGGGCUUGGGGGUCCGAGAGGUGCUGGUGCCACCUAAAUGCCCCUCUUUCCUUGGCAGAGCUGCAUCGCUGCGCCGUCUUCUGCCUGCUUCAGAUCGGCCCGGAAAUCUACGACACGGAGAUGGUGCUGGUGGAUCGGACCCUGACCGACAUCUGCUUUGAGAGCACCAUCCUCUUGUGAGUCCCUGCCCCACUGCCUGCCCCCUUGGGGCAGAAACCUGGGGGUCCCCACGGCCGUGCGGGAGGCGGCAAGUCUUGAAAAAGGAUCCGUGCGGAGAAAGCGGUGUUUCUCCUUUCCCCCGGAAUCUUUCAAUGUUACAAGAGUUGGAUUUUUAAAAGGGGAUUUUGGGGGCUCUGGGUUCUUUGGCAUUUGGGGGGGAAGAGAGGGUUUUUUUUGUCCUUGGGGGUCCGGAGAUCUGCGGGGGUGGGACCCUGGGGGGCAGAAAGGGUUGGCUGGCUCAGACAGGUACUUAAGUGAUGCAUAGAAUGAUUUUUCAAUUUCGUUGUUCUGUAUGGGACAAUGACAAUAAAAGAUUAUCAUAUCGUAUUUUAUCGGAAGGGACCCCCUAGGGGCCAUCUAGGCCAGGGGUCAGCAAACUUUUUCAGCAGGGGGCCGGUCCACUGUCCCUCAGACCUUGUGGGGGGCCGGACUGUAUUUUGAAAAAAAAUAUGAAUGAAUUCCUAUGCCCCACAAAUAACCCAGAGAUGCAUUUUAAAUUCUACUCAUGUAAAAACACGCUGAUUCCCAGCCCGCCGCGGGUCGGAUUUAGAAGGCGAUUGGGCCGGAUCCAGCCCCUGGGCCUUAGUUUGCCUACCCAUGAUCUAGCCCAGGGAUAUCCAACAGGUUGACCGCGAUCUACUGGUAGAUCCCCAUGAGGUUUUGGUAGAUCACGGUCAACUCAAUCUCUGGCUCAACAACAUUGAGCUGUUAAUAAAAAAUACAUUAAAAAACAACAACACUGAGCUGAACCCCUAAAAACGGGGCUUUCCUUCCCAAAAAAGCUCAACAACUUUGAGCUGAGCCCCCCCCAAAAAAAUUCUGAAAGUAGAUCACAAUCUCUUGAGAGUCGGCCACCCCUGAGAUUCCAGCCCAACCGCGGCUGAAGAGUCCCUGGUUGGCCGAGGAGUUUUCAUAUAAUUUUCUUUCCAAAUGUAUAGGUGAAACUCGGGAAAUUAGAAUAUCGUGGAAAAGUUCAUUUAUUUCAGACUCAUGACAUGCAAAGCGAGAUAUGUCAAGCCUUUCUUUGUUAUAAUUGUGAUGAUCAUGGCAUAAAGCUGAUGAAAACCCCAAAUUAACAAUCUCAGAAAAUUAGAAUAUUAAAUGAAAUCGGCAAAACAAGGACUGCAAAUAGAGCAAUAUUGGACCUCUGAGAGGUAGAAGCAUGCACAUGUACUCAGUGCUUGGUUUAGGACCCUUUUGCAUCAAUUAUUGCCUCAAUGCGGCGUGGCAUGGAUGCUAUCAGCCUGUGGCACUGCUGAGGUGUUAUGGAAGACCAGGAUGCUUCAAUAGCAGCCUUCAGCUCUUCUGCAUUGCUGGGUCUCAUGUCUCUCAUCCUUCUCUUGGCAAUGCCCCAUAGAUUCUCUACGGCUUGACAUAUCUCGCUUUGCAUGUCAUGAGUCUAUCUCAUAUAUUUUUUGUUGUUGUUUAGUCCUGUCCGACUCUUCGUGACCCCCUGGACCAGAGCACACCAGGCACUCCUGUCUUCCACUGUCUCCUGCAGUUUGGUCAAACUCAUGCUGGUAGCUUCAAGAACACUGUCCCACCAUCUCGUCCUCUGUCGUCCCCUUCUCCUUGUGCCCUCCAUCUUUCCCAACAUCAGGGUCUUUUCCAGGGAGUCUUCUCUUCUCAUGAGGUGGCCAAAGUCUUGGAGCCUCAGCUUCAGGAUCUGUCCUUCCAGUGAGCACUCAGGGCUGAUUUCCUUCAGAAUGGAGAGGUUGGAUCUUCUUGCAGUCCAUGGGACUCUCAAGAGUCUCCUCCAGCACCACAAUUCAAAAGCAUCCAUUCUUCGGCGAUCAGUCUUCUUUAUGGUCCAGCUCUCACUUCCAUACAUCACUACGGGGAAAACCAGAGCUUUAACUAUACAGACCUUUGUCGGCAAGGUGAUGUCUCUGCUUUUUAAGAUGCUGUCUAGGUUUGUCAUUGCUUUUCUCCCAAGAAGCAGGCGUCUUUUAAUUUCGUGACUGGUGUCACCAUCUGCAGUGAUCAUGGAGCCCAAGAAAGUAAAAUCUCUCACUGCCUCCAUUUCUUCCCCUUCUAUUUGCCAGGAGGUGAUGGGACCAGUGGCCAUGAUCUUCAUUUUUUUUGAUGUUGAGCUUCAGACCAUAUUUUGCGCUCUCCUCUUUCACCCUCAAUAAAAGGUUCUUUAAUUCCUCCUCACUUUCCGCCAUCAAGGUUGUGUCAUCUGCAUAUCUGAGGUUGUUGAUAUUUCUUCCGGCGAUCUUAAUUCCGGCUUGGGAUUCAUUCAGCCCAGCCUUUGGCAUGAUGAAUUAGCUUCAUAUAUUAGUUUCACCUUUUAAAUUCAAUUACUGAAAUAAAUGAACUUUUCCAUUCUAAUUUUCCGAGUUUCACCUGUAACAUGCUAUCUCCUUCCAGUUCUGUAUCCUCUCUCGUGCUGUAAGUUGCAUUUUAUAUUCGAAGUCCUUCCUCGGGUGACCUUCUGGGCUGCCUGGGAGCGCCCCCCUUUCAUGCCUGUGCCCCCCGCUUUGUCUCUUCCCCCCCCAGCACGGAGGCCGGUCCGGACUUUGAGCUGAAGGUGGAGCUGUACAGCGCCGGCCUGGAGGAGGACUCUGUCCUGGGCAGCACCCCCAAGAAGCUGGCCAGCCGCCUGAGCAGCUCCCUGGGGCGCUCGUCCGGCAAGAGGGUCCGUGCCGCCCUGGACGGGGUGCCCGGGAGCCCCGUCAGCAACGGGGGAAGCAGCCCCCUCCAGCUGCCAGCCCCCAGCGUGGCGUGAGUAUCCUGGGCCCGGCGCCCGGUCGUCUUCCACAGAAUUCGCACCCGCUGCCCGCCCCCUCCAGGCUCACCUGCCUCUGUUUCCUUCCAGGGGCCCCAAGUACCAGCUGCUGGCCUGCACCACCCUGCGCCUGGCCCACGUCCAGGACGCCUUUCGCACCCACGACCUCGCCGUCACCGGGAACGGUACUUGGAGCAGGGGUUUUUUGGGGGGUGUUGGGUUUGGGUUUGCGGGAGCAGGAACGUUCCAGAGUCCGGUUUGGUUCUGAGGGUUUUGCGCAGACACGGAAAGCGCUAAAAUCAUUCCUGAUUAGACAAGUCUGUCCAGAUGUUUGGAAAGUUGAUGCAGGUUUUAAUCUCUUUUAGUGUUUCAACUUUUUGUAUGUUUUAAAACUUGUGGUUUAAUGAUAAUAAUAAUAAUAAUAAUAAUAAUAAUAAUAAUGACGUGGGUGGCGCUGUGGGUUAAACUACAGAGCCUUGGGCUUGCCGAUCAGAAGGUCGGCAGUUCGAAUCCCCGCGACGGGGUGAGCUCCCGUUGCUCGGUCCCUGCUCCUGCCAACCUAGCAGUUUGAAAGCAUGUCAAAGUGCAAGACUGUUUUCAGGAGGCUCCCAAAAGAGUCCAGAGUCAAGUGGCGGGGAGUUCCGACGUCUCUUGACGUUUUGUGGAGCUGCUGCCGCUGAACCAGUUCCGCCAAUGUAGGUGGACAAGUGGCCUCUCUUUUCCAGGAGGGACGAAGCCCCCUGCCCCCUCGUCCCUCUUUUGGGGCUCAGACUUGCCUCCCCCUGACCCCCUCCUCUUCUCUCCCCCCCCCCCCACCUAGAGGAGAGCUCCUUCUGGCUCCCCCUGUACGGCAGCGUCUGCUGUCGCCUGGCAGCCCAGCCCAACUGCAUGCUCCACCAGGUCAUGUGCGGCUUCCUGAAGGUGCAGGUAAGUGCUGGGGGGGCGCUGCAGGUAGGGAAGGGCUGAGAAGGCAGGGGACCCGCGUUUUGGGACCCACACCCCCGGGCAGAGGCGCAUCGAGAGCCAUGCGCUCAGGAGACGGGUUGAUUCCCCUCCACCCCUUCUCUCUCGCUCCGUCUCUCUGCUCAGCUACAUUAGGAAAGAUGCAGCGAUUUGGAUGUGCUAUAAACAUGCCGCACCAGGGGGUGCAAGAGAGCAGGGAAUUUUAAAAGACAGUUUUCUAUAUAGAUUUAUUUCUUUCGUUAUAACGAUCUAAUUCAGGGGUCGGCAAACUACAGCCCAUGGGCUGGAUGUGGCCCACCAGGCCUGUAAAUCCGGCCCGCGGACCCUGCUGCCCACUCAGUCAGUUCCUGUGCUGAGCUAAACCGGCACAAUGUGGCAUUUCCUUCAAAAGAAGCCGUGGACGGGAGGGUGUUCCACAGGGCGGGCGCCACCACCGAGAAGGCUCUCUGCCUGGUUCCCUGUAACUUGGCUUCUCACAGUGAGGGAACCACCAGAAGGCCCUCGGAGCUGGACCUCAGUGUCCGGGUAGAAUGAUGGGGGUGGAGACGCUCCUUCAGGUAUACUUGGCUCAGGCCUUUUAGGGCUUUCAAGGUCAGCACCAACACUUGGAAACGUACUGGGAGCCAAUGCAGAUCUUUCACAUAACUGGAGUUAUGUGGUCCCGGCGGCCGCUCCCAGUCACCAGUCUGGCUGCCGCGUUCUGGAUUAGUUGUAGUUUCCAGGUCACCUUCUCAGGUAGCCCCACACAGAGCGCAUUGCAGUAGUCCAAGCGGGAGAUAACCAGACCAUGCACCACUCUGGCGAGACAGUCCACGGGCAGGGAGGGUUUCAUCCUGUGUCCCAGAUGGAGCUGGCAGACAGCCGCCCUGGACACAGAAUUGACCUGUGCCUCCAUGGACAGCUGUGAGUCCAGAAUGACUCCCAGGCUGCACACCUGGUCCUUCAGGGGCCCAGUGACCCCAUUCAGGACCAGGGAGUCCUCCACACCCACCCACCUCCUGUCCCCCCAAAACAGUACUUCUGUCUUGUCAGGAUUCAACCUCAAUCUGUUAGCCGCCAUCCAUCCUCCAUCCGCCUCCAGACACUCACACAGGACCUUCACCUCCUUCACUGGUUCUGAUUUGAAAGAGAGGUGGAGCUAGUUCACAGCAACUUCUUCCAGGACACACAGAGGGGAGAGGGCUACUCUCGCACUCGGGUCCGGCUUGCUGGUUUCCCCUUGGCCUCAUCCUGCAGUCUUCUCUUCGGUCCUUACUCUGUGGUGCUGUGGCUCCCAAGGGGGUGGCAGGAAGAUGCAAGGAAACAUUUGAGCAUUUCAGGGCAGCAUAGUAUAGUGUCAAAAUGUUUUUUUUUAUUUGCCGAAUAUGGGUAGAAAGGCUUCUUUGUGUCAAUGAGGAGACGAGACCCUGAUUGUCUCAAAUUAGACUGAAUAGAAAUGAGAUUACCCAGCAAAAGGAAGCUCAUGUCUCUCACUGAGAUCAUAUACAUACUUAGGGUACAUAUGGAAGAGGCUUGUUUGUAAUUAUAUUUGAGGAAUGACUCAUAUCCUUAUGUAGCUGCAUUGUUUUACGCUUUCUGGAUUCCCAGGAUCAUAUGGCUCCCCUUUAAAUCUGCAAAGGGAUGUACUCUGCUGAACUCACAAACCUGAGGAAGGAAUAAUAAAUAGCGUAUUUUUUGCUCCAUAAGACGCACUUUUUUCUUCCUCAAAGGUAAGGGGGAAUGUCUGCACGUCUUAUGAAGCGAAUGCAUGGUCGCUGGAGCCGAAUUGCCCAGGGGCAAAAAGCAGAUCCUGCUUUUUUUUUUUUUUUAGAAAGAGGGAAGGGGGUGUUGAAACAAAGCCGCUGAUGGGCAAGCGAUCAGGAGGGAGAUAAGAGACGCUAGAGAUAAAGGAGGCUGCCUGGGAGGGGGGAGGUAAAGACAGCAAACUUGCAAAGGGGGGAAGCAGGAAGACUAAAUCAAUAAGGAGAGAAAUUAGAAGAAAGGGAGGAGCAAAAAACUGUUCCAGCUAAGGAAAAGACACUAAGGCAAACAAGAGGGAAGGGAGUGUUGAAAGGAAGCAGCUGAUCGGUGGGAUCGGAAGAGAGAUAAGGGAUGCUAGCGGAGGCUGCCUGGGAGGGGGGAGGUAAAAGCCCAUGGAUCUUCAGGAUUUUUGCAUCGGGUCACCCCAAAUUCACCAUCAGAUCACAUAGCAUGUCCAUGGCUACAUCUUGCACCAAAAAAACCACGCACCCACUGUUGUGUGGGGCCGCAAUGGCGCAAAAACGUGGUUACAAAGCACAGAUCCACAUGGAUCCUCAGGAUUUUUGCAUUGGGCUACCCCAAACUCACCGUCAAAUCAUAUGUCUGUGGCCACAGCAUGAACCACAAAAAUCAUACAUCCACUGUUUCAUUCAGAAUAUUUUUUUUCUUGUUUUCUUCCUCUAAAAACUAGGUGCGUCUUAUGGAGCGAAAAAUACGGUAGUUGUGUUCUAUGUUAUAAAUCAGACACUGCUAGGAGUUUUUUCUUUCUCUUUUCCAAUGUAUUUUUUAUCAGUAAAAAACUUGGUAUGGCACAAGUAAUUUUUUUUACCUGUGGGUACAGGAUGGUAUACAAUUAUUUUAUUUUAUUUUUUAUUUUUAUUUUACAACAACAACAAAAAUUCUGAAAGUGUGGCCCAGAGGGGAAAAAAUGAGAGCCGAUGCUGCUAUGAGGCUUGUUCUCUCCCAACGGAGCUUCAUUUCCAGUCGGAGCGUUUCUGCUAUGGGGCUAUGCCCCCCCACCACCCAGAAGGGGUUUCCGAGCAUGGGUGAAAGGGAUUUGAGGGGCAGGGAGGGAAGACCGACAGCGCCCGUCCUGGGGAGGGAUGAAUGUGGGAAGAUGGCGUGUGGGUCUCCCUCCUGCUAAACACAACACCCCCUCUCCCCCCCCCCGUUUUGCAGCAGGGGGAGCAGCAGGGCUGGCUGCGGCUCUUUUGCCUCCUGCGGGGCUCCAACCUCCUCUGCUACCGGCACCCCAAAGACGUCGAGACGCAGGAGGAGCCGGCCUUCACCAUUGCUAUCAACAAGGUAGGGGGGUGAUGUCUCAGAGCAGGUUGGGGGGCAAAACAUUGGGGGUCCCUGGUGGCGGAGGAAACUGCUUGGGCACCCAGAGUGGCAAACAGGGAUUGGAAGAAGUUUAAGGAAUAUUUGAAAAAAUGCAUUUACAUUUAAAUCUUAGACUAGAUUUGGCAGAGGCUGUAGGGUUAGAAGUUGAAGACAGUGUAUUUUAAAAUAGUAUUAUUUGUAAGUGAUAAAGUUUUUUAUGGUUAAAGUAAGUGAUAAAAAAAAAUGGUUAGAAAUUGUGAUAUAUGUAAAUUGCUAAAGAUGGAGUAAAAUGGAAAUCAGAUAGGUGGGACUUGGGGAAGCCCACAUAACAAUGUUUAGAAAAAUAAGGAUAUGAUGAGAAUUUUUGUAUUGUUUGUUUUUCUGUUUGUGUUCUUUAUAUUCGUUAUAAAAUGAAUAAAACAUUUUUUGGGGGAAAACCAUGAUGUGCACCUCCCAGGGGUGCCAGCACUGCCCGCUGAUUGGGCAAAUAGGCCUGGCGCUGCCCGCUGGGGAUGUGAGCUCCGCUCGCCGGGGGGGGGAUGCGAAUGGUGCCCACUGGGGGGGUGCAUCCCUGGCGACCAGCGCCGCACGCCGUGUGUAUUUGCAGAUUUUCUUGACGGCGAUCGUGCCAAUCACAGAAAUCCGUCCGCCGGGGGUGCCAGCGCCGCCAUGCCAAUCUGCCCGGGGGGGGGGAUUUUGUCAACCCCCCCCAGGCAUGACACCCAGGGCAGACCGCACCCCCGCACCCCACUUGUGAUGCCCCUGCUUGUCCCCCCCCCCAGCCUUUGCUCCAUCCUUCUCAUCCACAGUUGCCAACUAAGCAUGUUUUGAAUGCAACAGCUGCCUCCGCCUUCGGCUGCGAUUCCUUCCUUGCGGGGGGUUGGGCUGGAUGACCCCUGGGGGUCCCAAUGCUACCAGUCUAUGACUCUCAAUUGGCAGCACAGCCCGGGGUCUGUCCUUCUGUGUCGUGUGUCAGGGAUGUCAGUGUAAAAACGGAGACCUUGCCGUUUUUGAAACUCACUCUUUGCGACUGAUGAUGGUUCUUCCCAGCCCAGCUCACAGCCCCCCAUCCCCGUUUCUUCCCAUUUGUAAAAAGUGCACAUUAAUCUCCCCACGUCUGCCUUUGGACAGUUGCCAUCAGCAGAGGACUAAACCAGGCAUAGGGACGCGGGUGGCGCUGUGGGUUAAACCACAGAGCCUAGGACUUACCAAUCAGAAGGUUCAAAUCCCAGCGACGGGGUGAGCUCCCGUUGCUCAGUCCCUGCUCCUGCCAGCCUAGCAGUUCGAAAGCACCUCAAAGUGCAAGUAGAUAAAUAGGUACCGCUAUAUGGGGUUGUGGCGCUCAUCUCGCUUUACUGGCCGAGGGAGCUGGCGUACAGCUUCCGGGUCAUGUGGCCAGCAUGACUAAGCCACUUCUGGCGAACCAGAGCAGCGCACGGAAAUGCCAUUUACCUUCCCGCCGGAGCGGUACUUAUUUAUCUACUUGCACAUAUGUGCUUUCAAACUGCUAGGCUGGCAGGAGCAGGGACCGGGCAACGGGAGCUCACCCCGUCGCUGGGAUUUGAACCUUCUGAUUGGUAAGUCCUAGGCUCUGUGGUUUAACCCACAGCGCCAUCCGCGUCCCUAUGCCUGGUUUAGUCCUCUAUAAAUGCCAUCUAGGUUGGUGCCCCCCCCGUUUCCUGUGGCAGGGAGUUCCACCAUUUAACUCUGCGCUGUGUGAAGAAGCGCUUUCUUUGUCCUGAAUCUUCCAACCUCCCCCUUCCUUGGGGGUUCCCUGGGCGUCUCUGGGUGUGUCUGCACAUGCGCACAUUUCCGUGCCUGAGGCCCCUUUGCACCCCCCCCAGGAGACGCGCAUCCGAGCCACAGAGAAGGACCCCAAGAACCAACUGCACACCAUGUCCGUGACGAACCGCUAUGGGGGGGAGGAGGUGACCCACACGCUGCUGGCCGAGUCCCGCUCCGAGACGCAGCGCUGGAUGGAAGCCUUCUGGCAGCACUUUUAUGACAUGAGUGAGUAGGGGAAGUGAGACGGGGGAUGUGGAAACACGUGGGGGGGAGAUCAGGGGCAACAGUGCCCUCUCUUGCUCUGCCCUUCCACUGCACCCUUGUCCUGCCUCGCAAGGGGGUCGUGGCAGGACAAGGGAGGCGAGGGAGAAGCUGAGCUGGACCGUGGAGGCCCCAAUCCAGCCACCCCCUCCCAUGCUAGGAGGCUCUUGAGAAGCCCCUGCCCUUCCUAGUAGAUGGGGGGGGCUAAAGAAGGACAGUUGCAGCCCCUAAUCCAGGGGUUCUCCACCUGUGGGUCCCCAGAUGUUGUUGCACUACAACUCCCAUCAUCCCUGAGCUCUGGCCUUGCUAGCGAGGGGUGAUGGGAGUUGUAGUGCAACAACAUCUGGGGACCCACAGGCUGAGAAAGGCUGCCAUGAGUAGGUAACCUAAGGCCCAGGGGCCGGAUCUGGCCCAAUUGCCUUCUCAAUCCGGCCCACAGACGGUCCGGGAAUCAGCGUGUUUUUACAUGAGUAGAAUGUGUCCUUUUAUUUAAAAUGCAUCUCUGGGUUAUUUGUGGGGCAUAGGAAUUCAUUCAAUUUUUUUCCCAUAAUAUAUUCCGGCCCCCCACAAGGUCUGAAGGACAGUGGACCAGCCCCCUGCUGAAAAAGGUUGCUGACCCCUGGCCUAAAACCUUCUGGGUCGGCCAGAGGGGGUCCUGUCCUCUGGUGCACGUGGGGAGACCACUAGGGGGCAGCACAGCGCCCCCUGCCUGCCCCACAGACGCCCAGCAAAGUGGGAGGGGGUCCCUGGCAUGUGAGCCAACUCAUAGGGGCUGAGGUUCCUUCAGCCCCCCCCUUAAAGUAUUUGAGCGGCAGCCCCCCAAAGUUGAUGGUGAUAGUGAACGGGCGCCAUGUCUUGUGAUCAGUUAUGUGGGGUGGGGCUUAACUAUUUCACUGAAGUCGCCCCCCCCUGCAAUCUUCUCCCCCCCCCCCAGGCCAGUGGAAGCACUGCUGCGAUGAGCUCAUGAAGGUGGAGGUCCCCUCCCCACGGCGCCCCAUGGCCCUCUUGCAGAAGCAAGGCUCCCUCUACCACGAAAUGGGUGAGUCUCCAGAGAAGGGGGUCCGCAGAAGCGGGGAGGGUUGGGGGGCUGAAGGGAACAGAGGGGGCUCUGAGGGGUGGGCCUGGUGGAUUAGGGCCCCCCUGAACUCACGGUGGGGAGGCAAGAGGGUCUCACCUCCUUCUGCCCUUUUCUUCCUGCCUGUCUCUGGGGCUCUGUCUUGCCCCCCCGGUUUCUGUGGGGCUGCCCCACACCUUGCUUGUGCCCAGAUGUAUCUGUGUCUGUAACUCUCUGCUCUCCUCCUGCUCUCUCUCUCUUUGCAUGUCUCCCCUUCUCUUCCUCUUCUUCUCUGUCCUGUCCCCGACCCCUUACCCCCACCCCCAGCUCUCCCUGGCCCAGGGGGGCCGCCCCCCAACUGCGAGGGGCUGCUGUUGCAGGACAACGCUGUCUCUGCCGAGAUUCGAGCUCUCCUCUCCUCGUAUUACAGCGACAGGUGACGUAACCCCCACCCAAAGCUGGACGGGGUGGGGAGGGGUCCUCUGGGUUCCCAAAAUGGGGGGGGGGCUGGCUGGCAGGGAGGUAGGUAGAGGGUGAAGGAGGCAGGAGUACCCUUUGUGUAGAGAGGGGUGGGCAGCGGAGACACCGGCAGAGCCCCUGGGAUCUCCCACUGACAGGGAAGGGGGCUGGCGGGGGCUGUGGGCAGUUGGACCCAGUGGGCGCCUCCAUUUAUGUGUAUGUUGUAAACAAAAUCUGCCUUUUCCCCCUUAUGGGGUAUCCAAGAGCCCAUAUAGAGUCCUUACGUAGGUUCCCUAUUGGUAGGAGAAAAGAACAGAGGCCAACCAGAGAAUAUUGAGAAGCAAAGCAGCUUGUAAGCCUGAUCUUUAUUGAUCUGUUGCAACAGGGUCCUCACUCCCCACACGCAGGAGGGAGGAGGACCCAGAACCAAGGUGUGUCUGCCCUUAUAUAGACAUUUUAAAUUGCCUGCCCUGGAGCUCCAGACCACCCCUCCAUACAUCAUACAUACAUCACAGAAGGGGUGUAACCUAAGACCACCCCCAGAUACAUCAUACCUACAUCACGGAAAAGGUGGUCUACAGCAGAAAUCUGAGUGCUUUGUUUAUCUCCUGUCUGCCAGGUUACCUGUUUAAUGGUCACUUGACUGGAUUGCCUGGGGAGCCUGGCCAGUCUUUUGUAAUGAUCAAUACUUAGUUCCUGAGCCAGGUCACAAGCUCACCCUAUUCAAACACAGGAUUUGUGAAGAAAAAGACAAUGGGGAGGCUUUUUCAUUUUUCUUUGACCUUGCAGAGAAAACAUUUGGUCAGUUUGGGAAUCAAAAUGGUUUCAGGUCUUCCUGUGCUGAUCUAUGUAUGUGCUUGGUUGGUACACUUAUGAACAUUUAACAUACUGUAUUUUUCGCUCCAUAGGGCGCACCGGACCAUAGGGCACACCUAGUUUUUUUGGGGGGGAAAUAAAGGGGGAAACUUUUAUUCCCCCCCCCCCCAGCUCCAAAGAGCAAAGAAGCCAAGACAGCACGUGUAUAUUUUGGAAUUGCUCAGUUAUGCAGAGAGGGUGCCAGAGAGUCGAAAUGGGAAGGUGGAAAAUAGUCAUGCCCUGGGCAAAAUUUCCUUAUCGUGGCCAAGUUGUUCCGAUGCUCAAGAUCAUUUAGGCAAAUUGGACUGUUGGCUUUACUAAAACCCAAAGUAGCUGUUUUGGGGAUAAACCACAAGAGGGAAGUUUUCGAUAGACCGUUUUAAUCCAGGCACUCUUGUGACAAUUUUGCACCACCAGGGAUAUUAAACCGGGGGUGAUCUGAGUUAGGUGAAGCCAAUACAGUAGACGCUCAGGUUGAGAACGUGAUCCUUGCAGGAGGCGCAUAUGCAACAGCUGAAACCCGGAAGUAACCCGUUCCUGUACUUCUGGGUUUUGGCGGUCCGUGGCACUGUGGGCUAAACCACAGAGCCUAGGACUUGCCGAUCAGAAGGUCGGCGGUUCGAAUCCCCGCGACGGGGUGAGCUCCUGUUGCUCGGUCCCUGCUCCUGCCCACCUAGCAGUUCAAAAGCACGUCAAAGUGCAAGUAGAUAAAUAGGUACCGCUCCAGUGGGAAGGUAAAUGGUGUUUCCGUGCGCUGCUCUGGUUCACCAGAAGCGGCUUAGUCAUGCUGGCCACAUGACCCGGAAGCUGUACGCCGGCUCCCUCGGCCAGUAAAGCGAGAUGAGCGCUGCAACUCCAGAGUUGGCCACGACUGGACCUAAUGGUCAGGGGUCCCUUUACCUUUACUAACCUGAAAAAACGCAACCUGAAGCAUCUGUAACCCGAGGUGUGACUGUAGCUAAGCUUCUGCCAGAUUCCAUCCGGUCCCAGCUAGCCCAGCCUGGCUCCAGAUGUUCCUUGCUUUGGGGUGCGGCUUCCCUUGGGAGGCGCAUGGAAAGGGACUCCUGCCCCUCUGUCCUCUGGGGGUCCUUUGCAACGGCCCCUCCACUAAUCUCCCCCCCCGCCCUAUUUUUCUCCCCAGCUAUUGAGCCGGCGGACGACAUUGAGGCCGUGACGGAGAUCCUGGCCCGGCGCUUUUCUGGCCUGGGCCCCCCGCCCUGGCUGUCCCUCCUGGAAGGGUCGUCGUGCAGCGCAGCGUCCGACAGCGACAGCGUCUCCAGCGCCAGCCCGUGCCCCCCGCCGCGCCCCCCCUGGGGCCGGCCCCGCACCCUCUCCCUGGACGCCAAGCUCAGCACCCUGAAAGGACGCUCGGGGCGCCCGCCGGGGCCGCCUCCGCCCCCCAGGGCCAGGGGCCCCUCCGGCUCCAGCUCCUCCAGCAGCAGCAGCGGCAGCCCCACUCCGGAGCCUGAGCGUCCCCCUCGGCCCCACGCCCGGCCCCGGUUUGACCCCCGCUUGUGGCUGCAGUCCCAGGUCUGAGGAGGGAGGGCGCUGGGGCCUCCAGAGGUCCGCUAGACUGGAAGCAGGGGACUGCAGGAGGACGGAGCAGAGGGCCUGAUGUGGGGCCAGCACCCCACACGCUCCAGUCCCCCUCCCCGCCAUCCUCUAACAAGCCAUCAGGGCCCUCUCCUCACUUCUGGACCAGCUGCCCCCCACUUGGGGGGCACAGCCUGUAGGGAGCGCUCUUAUGCCCCAAUUCCCAAUCAAUGGGGGGGCUGGCUGUGUAACCAUCCUGACCCACAAGUCUCCUCUUCAGCAGGGGAGAAAAAGCACCUUUUUCCUUUGAGAAACUGGAACAAUUUGGGGUGGGGAAAUAAACGUAAAAGCAGGGGGGGUCCGGUUGGCAUCUCCCCCGCCAGAAGCAGGAGCUCAUUUGUAUUGGUUCCUUUGUGCAAGCCGCCCCCCAAUUCCACCACCCCCAGCGGUGGCCCCAAAGAUCAACCCCCGCCUACCUUGCCCUCCGACAGCCCCCCGUUUUUCUAACGCUCCCCCUGAGUUUCAGGGAUAUGUGCCAAUUCAGGAGGGGAGGGGCGGUGCUUGCUGCCAAGUAGGCAGGUGUGACCCCCCCAUCUGUGGGGCGGGGGCAACCCUGCCUCUUCCUUUAUUAUGCAUUAAAAUGUAUUUAACGAUUCCAUUGUCAAUGC